AUGGAGUCGGUGGCGCUGGUGGCGCCGGUGACGGCGCUGGAGUUCGUGGGGGACGUGCUGCUGGCGGGCACGGGCCCGGAGGUGGCGGCGUUCCGGCUGAGCGGCGGCGGCGGGCCGGUGGCGGCGGCGGGCCGGCGGAGCGUGCUGCGUGAGACCAGCGUGCAGGGGCUGCGGGCCGAGCCCGGCGGCGGCGGGGCGGUGGUGCGCGUGGCGGCCUUCGGCGGGCGCUGGCUGGCGGUGCUGGCGGUGCGGCGCGGCGGCGGGGCGCGGCUGGCGGCGUGCGGCGGCGGGGCGGCGCGGGAGCUGGGGGCGCGGGUGUGGGAGGCGCGGUGGGCGGCGGGCGGGCGGCUGGCGCUGGCGCUGGGCGGCGGGGCCGUGGCGCUCUACGAGUGGCGGGGCGGCGGGCGCUGGCUGCGGCGGGCGAGCUGCGGCGGGGCCGGGGCGCUGCGCUGCGCCGCGCUGGCGGGGACGGGCUGGGCGCGGCUGGCGCUGGCGGCCGGCACGGCGGCGGGGGCCGUGGUGGUGUGGCGGGCGGCCGCGGCGGCGGCCCCGCGGCGGCGGCUGCUCGGGCACCGGGGAGCGGUGCUGGCGCUCUGCUACGCGGCGCCGCGGGGGCUGCUCGCCUCCGCCUCCGAGGACCGCAGCGUGCGGCUCUGGGCCGUGGGCGAGCUGGACGGGGAGGGCGGCGGGGACGGGGACGGCUGCUGCCUGCUGGUCUGCUACGGGCACGGGGCGCGGGUGGCCGCCGUGGCGCUGCGGGGGCCGUGCCCGGUCAGCGCCGGGGAGGACGGCGCCUGCCUGGAGUGGGGCGGCGGCGGCGGCGUGCGGCGGGCGCGCCGGGCGCACCGCGGGGCCCUGCGCGCCCUGGCCCUGCGCCCCGCCGGCGGCUGCCUCGCCACGGGCGGCGACGACGGCGGCGUCCGCCUCUGGCGGCCCCGGCGGGCGGCCCCGGCGGCGGCGGCGGCAGCGCUGGGGGCCCCGGAGCGGCCGCGGGCCGUGCUGCUGGCGGGGCCGCGGCGGGUGCUGGCGCUGGGCGAGGCGGGCGGGCUGGCGGCGUACGAGACGGCGGCGGGGCGCUGGGUGCCGGUGCUGCCCCCCGCCGCCGCCGGGCCCCGCGGGGUGCUGGCUGCCGCCCCCCUGCCCGGCGGGGCCGAGGCGCUCUGCGCCCUGGCCGGCGGCGACGGGCGCCUCCUCCUCUUCGCCCUGGGCCACCCCGGGGCCGCUGCCGCGCUGAGGCUGUUCGAGGGGGCCGUGCGCGGGCUGGGCUGGGCCCCCCGCCCAGGGCUGCCCCCCGACACCGCUGCCCUCCUGGCUUCCGGGCCCGACGGGGAGAUGCUCUGGCUGGAUGUCACCCACCGCCCCGGGCAGGCACCCUGGGUGCGGCUCAUGGGACGGUACCUGCUGCCCCCCUGCAAGCAGCGCUGGCACACCUGCACGGCCUUCCUGCCCCAGGGAGGGCUCCUGGUCUGCGGGGACCGCCGGGGCUCCCUCCUCCUCUUCCCUUGCAGCAGCUCCCCAGGGCAGGCUGCGGAAAGCACCGCCGUUGCCCAUGGCGGCACGAACCCAGCUGGCGAGGACUCCGGCAGCGAGUCGGAGCCCUCUUGCUUGGCACACAAAGGGGCUCUUCCCCUUGAGGACCCCCUGUCUGUGCUCUUUGGGCUCCACGGGAAGACGGGGGUUACCUCGGUGACCUGCCACGGGGGCUACAUUUACAGCACUGGUCGGGACGGCUGCUACCGGCAGCUCCGCCUGCAGGGCCAGCAGCUGGAGGUCCUGCGGAAGCACAGGCCCUGCAAAGGGCUGCAGUGGAUUGAGGAGCUGCGCUUCUCCUCGGAUGGGGACCUGCUCGUGCUGGGCUUUCACGCUGAUAACUUUGUGGUGUGGAGCAGCAGGACCAGCGAGAACCUCCACUGCAUCCCCUGCGGCGGGGGGCACCGCUCCUGGAGCUACUGCAGCAGCCCCUCAGCUGAGGCCUUUGCCUUCGUCAAGUGCGGGGACGUGAUGCUCUACCGCCGCGAGGCCGAACCCUGCGAGCAGCAGGUGCUCCUGGCAUCCCUGCAUGGGCGGGAGAUCGCCUGCGUGCGACGCCUGGGAGCGGUGGAGGUACCUGGUGAUGCCGCCCUUAACAUCUUCGUCACCGGCAGCGAGGACACUACGGCCUGUGUCCUGGCGCUCAGCGAGCACUCCCGGGCAGCCGUGCCCCUUGCCCGGCUCAGCGACCACAUCUCCAGCGUGAGGGCGCUGGUGCUGGCUGGCCCUGCGGGACCCAGCGAUGAGGGCUUUGGUGACAAAGGCUUGUCUGCCCUGCUCUUCUCUGCAGGCGGCCGGGCGCAGAUUGAGUGCUACCGGCUGCUGUGUGGCAGGGACCCAGCCUCCGAGAGCGCCGUGGCUUGCCAAGUCGUCCACGUGGCCUCCCACCGGCUGGACGAGCACUGGGAGCGGAAGAAGAACAGGCACAAGCUCGUCAAGAUGGACCCGGAGACGAGGUACAUGUCCCUCUCAGUCGUGCCCGGAACCAGCUCUGAGCAGCUGCUGAUGCCCUGGAAGUUCCUGGCUGCUGCCUGCAGCGAUGGAUCGGUCCGGGUCUUUGGGCUGCUGGAGGCCGCCCGGAAGCUGGUGCUGGUGGCAGAGUCGUUUCACCACCAGCGCUGUGUGCUGAAGGUGGAGGCGUUCCUGCACACACAGGCAGGAGGGGAGAGGAGGCAUCUCCUGUGCAGUGCAGCCACUGAUGGCAGUGUUGCCUUCUGGGACAUCACCAGCCCCAUCGCAGAUGCGGUGGAUGCCCUGCACCGAGCGGAUGGAGACAUGCAGCCCCUGGCCCUGGGCACCCCGCUGCUCACCAUCAUGGCCCACAGCUGCGGCGUGAACAGCCUCCAUGUCCGUGAGACGCCAGAGGGACAGUACCUGGUGGCCAGUGGCAGCGACGAUGGCUCCAUCCAUGUCUGCCUGCUGGAUGUGGCCCUGGGCGGGGGCGAGGCUGCGGCAGGGACCUGCCUGCGCAUUCUGGAGCGGGUGGCCAGGCCCUGCGCCCACGCCGCCCAUGUGACAGGGAUCCGGGUGCUGCGGCCAGACCUGCUGCUCUCUGCCUCAGUGGACCAGCGGCUGACACUGUGGCACCGGGGCCCGGGUAGGCUGGACCUGCUCAGCACCACCUUCUUCCACGUGCCUGACCUGGCUGAGCUGGACUGCUGGGAGGUGGCGGAGGCCGGCGGGGAGCUGCGCUACUUCUGUGUGCUCUGCGGACAGGGCCUGGAGAUGCUGCAUGGCACAGCCCCCCCCGAGCCCCCUCCACCAGAGGCUCCCCAGUAA